AUGGCUGUGAUAUCUGGAUUGAAACGCGCAGCUUCCGAGGAGCCCGAACACCAUGGGGCAGUACAACAGCCCAUGGACAUGAAGAGGCUCAAAGUCCCCAACGCUACUGAGCCGACCACGACAACCAGGAAGGAUUCCACGACUGAAUUGGAGAACAAAAGGACAGAAGUUGCCCAAGGAGAGCAGAAUGAGAUUGCAGCACAGCUCGAGGUCGCUGACGUUCCGACUACGACCAAGAUAAACUCUGAAUCUGCAGACGUCCAACCAGAAGAAACUUCGAAAGCUCCAGACACUGAAAUUGGGGUUCCAGCGGGUGAACAUGCCGUGGUUCACAAAGUACAAUCCCCAAAUGGUGGCAACAACGCUCCAUCAGAAGUUCAUGUGGAAGGAACAUCCGGAAUCGAUGGAAUCGGCGCAGAAACGGCUCAGCCAAUCACCGACCCAAUCGUAAUCAGCGAUGAUAACAGUGGAGAAUAUACCGAAGAUGAAGAUGAAGAGGAUGAACUAUCUGAGGAAGACGGUGCCUGGAUCCCCACGGCUCACAAUAACGACUUGGAGCUCGAAGCGGCGCUACAGGCUCAUGAAGAUGAAGUUAUGGAUGCAAUGACUAUGGACGAUGUCUAUGACCAAAUGGGCCUGGCUAGCGAUUCCAAUGAUAGUGAGAGCGAGGUCGAUAGGAAACUGGCUGCAAGGGAAGAACUAGAGAACGACGAUUGGAAUGAUGAUGGCGAUUAUGGCAGCGAUUUCUAG